AUGUCAGCUUCUGCGCAGGAAGAUUCGUGCAUAGUUGUGGUCAGUAUAUUCCGAUACCACGUCUGUAACAAGAAUUGGGUUACUAUCAUCGGUCUCGCUACGGUCGCACUCGAAUUCUUCUUCUACGGCGCAUACGCCAUCCUGUACACCAUUUGCAUCCAUGUCCUAACCAGCCGCAAAGUUCCGCGAUACCGAGCUCAUUGCUUUAUCAUGACGCUGCUCUUCUUGUUCUCCACGAUCGGGAUCGCGGUUAACACUUUGAUAGUUUUUGCGCAAAUACCACUCUACGACCCAUCUGGUGCAUUAUCCGCCCAGCUCACGCCUUAUCAACUCAGAAAUGCCGCUGUAGUCGGACCGAUGAUGUGCGUGGUGGCGAGUGCCACUGGAGACGUCUUCUUGGUAAUUUCAGCUAUUACUCGCCGCGUAGACCUUGACCUGAUCAAACCGUAUCAUCUUAGCUCUGGAGGUGCUACCGCGUCUGGAAUUCCCGCAUCAGAGUUAUAG